CUCUAUCCAGUAACCUCAUCUUACGGCAUGCCUGUGUAUUUCUCUCUGGAACGUGCUGCUGCUCCCUACUUUGGUAUAAAGGCUUAUGGUGUUCAUAUGAAUGGGUACAUUGAGAAGCAUGGUGAAAAAUCUCUUUGGAUUGGUAAGAGAAGUGAUGAGAAGCAAACUUACCCUGGGAUGCUAGAUCAUCUUGUUGCUGGUGGCCUGCCUUACGGAAUCUCCUGUAAAGAGAAUAUCAUCAAGGAAUGUGAAGAGGAAGCAGGAAUACCAAGAUCCAUGUCAACCAACGCUACUUCUGUUGGAGCCGUUUCUUACAUGGAUAUCAAUGGGUUUAGAUACAAAAGGGAUGUUCUGUUCUGCUAUGACCUUAGACUUCCUGUAGAUUUCGUUCCUAAUAAUGAAGAUGGAGAAGUUGAUAGCUUCAGGCUAAUCCCUGUACCACAUGCUGCAAACAUUAUACGGAGGACAGAUUUUUUCAAGUCAAACUGCAACCUUGUGAUCAUUGACUUCCUCUUCCGUCAUGGGUACAUAAACCCAGACUGUAAUGGGUACCUGAAGCUGCUGACAAGUUUGAGGAGUGGUGAUUGUUCCUAGGGCUUGCAGUUCUCUGUUCAAACAGAAGAAUCAGAUUACCAGCAUUAAUCGCUGAUUUUUUGGAGUAAGCUAGAUGGUUAUCCAUCAAAAUCAGAAAGUUUUAAGUACAAGCUGUACAUGCAUUUUUGUUCUGAAAAUGCAUUUUCGUUUGCAUAUUAUCUAUGACUCUUCAGUGAGUUUAGGUAGGUAGGAAAAAUUUAGGAGGAAAGGGGGACAUAAUAAAAGGAACAUUUCUUGUUCAGUUUAGCUGGAUGAUUUGUGUCAGUUGCACACUUGCACUAUCUAUUAAUCUAUGUAUGUAUACAUGGUGCUGAACAUGGUCUGUUUAGGCCUGCUUA